CCUAGACACAUACCCUGGGAAUUAUGACCUUGUAAUAGUAUCCUGACAAUUAAUACAAACAGACGAUCUGAAUAAUUUAUAAUUAUGAACUACAGUGUUUGCUACAGUAACGAUUUAAUAUACUCGCGAAAACGUGUUGAGCAAGACGGAAGUAGCAUCGGACAGAUUUGUGAUGAAAUGUGGACAAACCGAUAAAACAACGCAAGAAUUUUGUUGUCAAGACGAUUUCAAAGAAACUACAAUUUAUUUAUGUUUAUAUACGUCAAAAAAUACGUGGAACGUGUCAGCGUGACUUGAUACUGCGAUUCUAUUGCGUUUUACAAAGUUUUUAGUUAUCCUUACCAUUUCAUAUCAAGGCAACUUAAAGUCUAAUCCUUGUACCACGAAUUUCCAUCAUUUUCUUGCCUUUUUCGUCGAAUUUAUUGAAACAAUUUGCCUUCGAAAGACCACGAAAGUAAGGAAUUUACAGCGACCGGGGAUUCAAUCCACGGAGAUUACCACCGUCGGGGAUUUAUUCUACGGUAAAAGUCUACCUAGGAGAUUCUGACCUGGAUUUUUCACCGAUCGGAAGUUUGUUCUACGAGAAGUGAACCAUCGGGGAUUUGUUCUACGGGAAAAAUCUACCGACGAUUAUCGUUCUCGGAGAUUGUUCCCUCUACCCAAGGUGAAAAGUACCCGGGGAUUUAUAGUUACCUCACGCAGGCGUCACGUGGGCAGGUCAGAGGAAACCCCAUUUGGCCUUCGGCACGGAGAUCAAAGGAGACGACCGCCUAUUGAAAAUUUUUCUUGUUUGUGUUUCUAACUGUCAAAUUUUCUUCGCCAUGGACGACCAAGAUGAGAGCGUUCAAGGACUUAUAGAUGGGCAAACAAAGCCCCCAAAAGACAGGUAAUGUGCCGCGUAGUUUUGGCGUUUGAAUAUUUGAUUUCUUGAGGUUUUUCUAAGGCUUGAAAUUUAUCCUCGAUAAUUUGCUGAGCUCUGCACCUACAGUCAUCUGUGAAUCGCGUUUGAAAAUUCGAAAAAUAAAAAUGCAUCAAUCGUCUCAUUUCUAACUGGGUAAAACCCGCUGUAUUUGAGGGGAUUAUACUAGUUUUUUAAACCCCUUGGGGACUGCAAAUUCGCCAGAUUUCAAUGGGAUUUUAGGCUGUUGUUUAGAACGAUUUCGCAUGCAUUAUGGCAUCCCCCUUUGGGGCACCUGUUAAUUAUAUAGCUCAAUCUUCAACACUGUUCACUUGUGUCCAACCUUAUUUGCUAUUUUUCACAAACGCAUGUAGAACAAAAGCUUCCUGGACAUUCUUGUCAAAGUCUUAAAUCGCCAGUUUAAAGUGUGAUGAAAUCUUAUAGUUUAUAUAAGAGGACCUUGACUGACUGACUGCUUUUGACCUUGUCCUUGUCCGGGCGGUCAAACAGAUUUCCUUUUCUGGAUCGUGCCGCUUUGUAAGUUUGCCAAAACAUCAGACAUGGUGUAGUAUAAUACUGUAUAGGGUAUUUGCCUUUUAUUUUGGUGCUUUUGGAGCAUAGGUUUUGUAUGAUAGAAAUGUGUUCCCCUUGUAAACAUGUCGUUUGAAUAUGAUAUACUGUAGUUUCAUUUGAUAUGCUUUUAUAUAAAGUGAGGUCAACUCGGAGCAAAUCAAUAGCGUUUAUUCCGUACAAAAGGCACUAUGCUUCAAUUUAUCUGUCCUAGGUCAGUCCUAAUUGGUAUAAAUUGGCGUUAAAUUUCUAGACUUUCCAGAAUUCGAAAUGACCUAACUACCGCAUAGAAUUUAUUUCAAAGGUCAUAUUGUAUCACGUGCGUUAUGAGUGUUGAUAAUAGUGUUCAGAUGACAGGGAGACCUCAUUAUCAAGAAUCAUUCACUGUGACUAACUGUAUGGGAAGAACACUGUAUAGAAAAGAUUUGAAUAGAUAAAUAUGCCUAUUUAAGCCUUUAAUAAUAAUACCAUCAUCAUUCAUUGCCUGAGAAAAUAACACACAGUAUAUUUGAUAUUGUACCCCUUAUCAGGGUAUUAUAUUUCAAUGAAAAUAGUAAUCUUACCUCAAGUAUUAUUACCUACCAUUCAAGCUCAUAAAUUCCCCCUGUCACAGGAAAUCAUCACAUGAUUGUUAGUCAUGUGUUUUAUAUUCCAAUAUAUGAGCAAGGAAUACAAAGCAUGCUGUAGCCUGCGAACAGUCUCUAAGAUACAGUAGCUUGAACCUUGGGGCUUAACCAUCCUAUUCAUUUCCUAGACUGUUUGCAGGCUAAGCAUGCUACUGUCUGUUACGUAGGCACGUUUAGGCAAGCAGUGGACAUGCAUAUACCUAUUCCUUCACGAGUGGCAGAUUUUAUGAACCACUUUUUGCUUAUGGUGUAACUGUUUGGUGCAACUGUUGUAACUUUAGUCGGUUUUCAAAAUAUUGCCAACGCACGUGUUCUCGGAAACACUGACCAUGCCACGUAAUAUUCACUCCACCUGCGAUCGAUUACAGGGUUAUAUCCUCAACCCAUACUAUAGAACAAACUAUUGAACAUUGCCCCUUCGACAAAUACUGCAAAGCACCAGACACAAAAUUUCAACAUCUAGAAUCGUCACUACAACACUUGAAACACGAAGUAAAGAAAGUAAUCAAUAAACACAAGUCACGUUCUCUUCCUCCCAACCUCACCAGAAACCAAAGAGAAACCCUGUCCGAAUUGACCACACUUAAGAAAGCCCGAGAAGUUAGAAUAUCGGUGAGCGAUAAAGGUGGCGAAUUCGUGGUAAUGAACAGUAAUCUAGAUAACACAUUAAUGGAGAAACACCUUGGAAAUGAAUCACUUUACCGACCAUGCCAUGAUUUAACGAAGAAAGCUGAAGAGGAGAUCAACGAAAUUUGGGAAUACGUUGCAAAAAAGAAUCGUGUUAACGAAAGAUCCAUUGGAAGAUUAAAAACGACCCACAGUGUUUGUCCUGUUAUCUACCUGCUAACCAAAACUGGAAAUUCCAGAACAAUAUACCGAGUUCUAACCCUGAUGACAUCAAAGUACGACCAAUAAUCUCUGGUUGUGGUGGUCCUGCCGAUAAGGUCUCCUGGCUCAUACAAAUGAUAUGCAACCCUCUCCUGCAAUUCGUGAAAGCACAUCUUAGAAGCACUCAACACCUAUUGAAUAAUCUACGAAGCAUUAAGAAUGGAGAGCUGAAGAACAAGCUCCUGUUCAGUCUAGAUGUGGUUUCCUUGUAUCCAAGCGUCGAUAACGACGCAGCAAUUGAUACCUUACGUUUAUAUCUAGAGAAAGAAAAGAACAAUAUCCAACUUUAUCAAUUUUCGGUAUCUGAUAUCAUUCUACUCACCAAAGCUAUCUUCGAAAAGAACUGUCUCUCUUGGAAACGAUCUUAUUAUCAACAGCGUCGAGGUCUGGCUAUGGGAAACCGGUUAGCCCCAAUACUCGCUAUACUCUUCAUGGACAGAAUAGAAAACCAAGCAAUCUAUUCCGACCAGGCUCUUUCCCUUUCCUUGUAUUAUCGAUAUAUUGAUGAUUGUAUUACACCUGCUAGCAGUCCAGAUGAAGCUGUAAAGAUCCAAGACAAGCUUAACUCACAAGACCCAUCAAUACGAUUCGAAAUCGAGUUGCCAGGUGAAGAUGGAUUCCUCCCAUUCCUCAACACAAAAGUCAAGGUGAACGAAUCUGGAACAGUGGAGACGGGAUGGCAUACAAAAUCGGCAAACAAAGGAAUAAUGUUGAAUGCAAAAUCACACCACCCAGAACAAAUCAAACGGGCCGCUAUCGGUAAUACCAUCAAGACAUAUACUUCCAUAUGUUCAACCGACGCCUUGUUUGAAGAAGCUGAACGGAAGUUUGAAAGAAGAGCAAGACGAAACGGCUAUAGCAACAACUAUAUAAAAAAAGUCCAGACAACAAAACGAAAACUGCCAAAAUCGAAAGUUGAACCUCUUCCCACAUUCACAAUUCCAUUCAUUUCCAGAAGCUUUACGACUGACAUCCGAAGAGCGGUCCAGAGUUCAAACCUCAAUGUCAGAAUAGUUGAAAGACCACAAAGCUCGCUUAAACAACUCCUCGUAGAAUCGCGACCUUACGAUAAAGUAUGCAGAGACACCUCUAAAUGCCCAAUCUGCAGCAACUCAAAUGCUCCCAUUCAGUGUACACAGAAAGAUGUCGUGUAUCAAAUCAACUGUGACCUUUGUGGAGCAACGUACGUAGGCGAGACAGGCAGACCAUUGGUGGUUCGAUACCAAGAACAUUUUUGUUCCGCAGCAAACCCGAAAGCAAAGUCCUAUAAAAACAUGGCUUUCUCGAAACACUACCUCGACCAACAUUACGGACAAAAACCUAAACUGUCUGUUAAGAUUUUAAAAAGAACAAAAGGAUCUGUAGAACGGAAAAUUACCGAAGCAUUAUUCAUCCAAAAGCUUAAUCCAGACUUGAAUGGAAAAUACGAACAGUUAAAUAUCUUAGAUUUCGUAGUUUAAACAUUAAAGACAGAAUUAACAAUUUCUAAUUUUUAUUAGAAUUAAUCGGACACGUGCACGUAAUUUAUAUGCUUACGCAAUUUCGCACGCGCGAAUAACGGUCGCAAUUUUAACGUUUAUGCAUGCGCAUGUUAGUUUAAAUUCAAAUUGUAAUCCUACCUGAAGAUGGAGUAAAUCUCCGAAACGUCGUUUGUUAAUGAAAUAAACAUUUAAAAAAGUCUUACUGUGGUCUAUAUAUUGAACACAAAAUAUACAGGGUUAUAAGCACGGUCAAACAUAAAAAACCCGAAAAGUGCCGGCUGAAAAAACCUUAGUGAAAUAAUUUUCUAAAACAUGUCCCAAACCACAGUAAAAAAGCUAGCCAUAGCAACAGGUUAUCAUGCUGUGCAAUAUGAUGAUUUGCAUUAUUCAAUCCUUUACAGGGCUGCAAAUAAAUAUUUGACUUGACAGGACAUUUGUCCGGUCACUUUUAAUUUUGGUCGGACAUAACUUGAAUUUGGUCGAACAAAAACCAACACCACUAAAUUUGGUCGAACAUAACUAGAGACCUAAAUAAAAAGUCAUAACUAGAGACCUAAAUAAAUAGUCAUAACUAGAGACCUAAAUAAAAAGUCUACUAAGAUUUCUAGUAGGUCUCUAGCCCGCACUCUACAAUUAUUGUAAAUAUACUACACAUAAAUUUAUUGUACAUGGGGAAAAUUUUUAAAAUAAAAAAAAAUAAAUAAAUAAAAUAAAAAAAACAACAACAAAAAAACUAAAAAAAAAAACAAACAUAUAUACGUCACAAGAUAUAUAUAAGUCACGAGACAAGUAUGUAUAAAUUUUAUUGCAAAAUGCAAAUUGAGUGAAUUUGCAAUCGGAUUUUGUCACAGCAAAAAAAUGUAUGUGACAAUUUUUUUUUGUGAUCUGACCAAUGUCCGAUCAAAAUUACUUUUGCUCGGACAUUUGCCAAAUUUAGUCGGACAUUGUCCGAUGUCCGACAGUAAUUUGCAGCCCUGCUUUAGAAUUGUAUUUUCUUUAACCUAUUUAUGAUGCAGAUUUAUUAGCAUAGCAUGACCAGUUCCCAUGGCUAGCUUUGCCAAGUGCUCGUUAAAAAUAUACAUUGAUUUGUUGGCACGUUUGAAAUUUUGAAUGUAAUCAUGUUAGAUUUAAUACUGGCAAGAUGUACAACACAAUAAUAAGAGAUUAGACUGCACGUGUAAAAAUAAAAAUACAUGAGGAAGUAUUUUUUAACUGUGAAGUACAAAGAAAUAGACUGGUUUUCCUGUGUGUAAUUAAACAUAAACUUUUGAUUAUUUUGUUCCAAACACGUAUGUAAGUGAUUUUUAAGGUGAUUUUUAAGAGUUUUUCCUGCCAGUUUGUUGAAUACCUGCCUCAUCAGAGUUGAUAAGAGGGGCUUUCUAAUUUGUCUUCAAAAUCAUACCUAAUUUUAGUGUGCAGUGAUAACCAAUUUGUGCAGUGAUAAAAGUAAAAUGUGCAGUGAUAAAAUGUAAAAUGUGCAGUGAUAAAAUUUGCUUUGAUAAGUUGUUAAUUAACACAAGAGAAUGAUUCAAUUGAAAUUGAAAUGAUGACUGCCAAAUUAGCGAAUUAAAUAAUAGUAUAUGUUUUUUGUACGAAAAUCAUGAGAUUCAGGCAAUUUUUAGUUAAUAUCUGGCUUUUUGUAUGUCCGGAAAAAAUUUUUGACCCUUAAAAUGGUACACUGACCAAAAUUUUUGGGGGGACCGGGGGGGGUCGCCAAAAAUUUCCGAAUAUUAUGAAAUUUUCUUAGUCAUUCGGAAAUUUUUGGCAUAAAAUAUGCAGUGAUUAAAAAUUCUUAAAAUUAGGUAUGUUCAAAAUUGUUGUUAAUUAACUUGAAAGUAUACCUAUAGGGAGCUCAGCAUGAGGCGCAGGGUAAAUUUCAAGCUAUGAUUAUGUAAAAUGAGCAAAAUUCACAACAUACUUGCCAAAACUAUAAAACAGGCCAGUUGUAACAAUUGUCGUAACAAGUAAUGGCACAAAGAUUAAAGAGGACAUUCCGAGGCACACAAAACUCCAUGACAGGUAAGCUGGAACUAUGGGCAUUGUUGUCUUUGGAGUCGAUUUUUUUCUUUGUUGCUUUUCAUUGUUGACAUUUUCUUUCAUAACUGAAUGAUUGUGCUCUUUAUUCCUCGGGCUUUAGGUUUACUUAGAUAGACUGUCAAGGCUCUUUAUUUUAUUACUGUUAGUUGCAAAUGAACAUUGAAGAUGAAAACAUUGGCUAUAGUCACAUGAAAUUUUGCUGUUUAAAAGUAAACAAUUUGACAAGUUUUUAUCUGACGAGGCAAUAAAAUGCUUAUGACAAACAUUAACCCAUGAAGUUGCAAUGUGUCCUACUUUAGUAUUUUACUCUGUCUAACACAACACAAUUUUACCUGUCAAGAGGAGGCUUCGAACGUCUUGUGCACUAAUGGGCUAAAGUUUCACAUAAGAGUUGAUGUUUUCAUGUGUGAAUGUGCAACUGUUUAUUCAUGGCAAAAUGUUUGUACCAAAUAUGUAUUUCAUAAUCACAUCUCUGAAUAUGGACCUGGAUUUGCUACCAAGUUCUAAUACUGUGUGAUUAAUAUUUUUCUAGAUUCAAUGUGGUCUAUCUCAUCAUUGUAUUGCAAGGCAUUGGGACAUUAUUGCCAUGGAACUUUUUUAUUACAGCACAUACAGUAAGUUAUUAACCCAUAAACACCCAAUUAUAGUGUUGCAUUGGUCAUGGUUGAGAGGCAGGACCAGGUAUAAAAGUUGGACCAAAUCACUAGUCGGACUGACCUUAACCCUAAACUUAACCCUGACCCGAAGCAGACUAACAAUCCAGUACAACGUUUAUACCAGCCUGGUUGAGAUAUUCUGCUUAUUCCAUCGAUGCCUGGUUGGCCGACUAUCAUCAUAAACCUACUUUGUGUCUUUAUAUAUAAUCACACUGUUUUAUUUCUCUUUCCAGUAUUUUUCCACAAAAUUAGAUGGCACUCGCUACAAACACGAGUUUGAAAAUUUUUUUGCAUUGGCCGCAUUCGGACCAAAUCUGGUGGCAUUCUUCUUGAAUACGAUGUUCAAGCACAAGUAGGUUAAUCCUUAGUCAAAUGAACUCAUCAAGCUGAAAGCUAUACUACAGCCUUAGUUGUAAAAAAUGCCAUAUUUUCAAAUGUGGAUAACUUUAACCUUUCCUAUCAAUUUCCUAACCAAUUCUUUAUAGGGUUGCACUAAAGAUUAGAAUUCUAGUCCCACUAUUUGUGAUGACAGGGAUAUUUGUCGUAACAGCAGCUUUGGUGAAGGUUGACACAGAAAACUGUAAGAGAAACUAUUUUCACCUCAAAGUACUGAUUAUGUUGUAAUUUAUGUAACACUUGUUGUAAUUUUGAUUUUUUGGUACACUUGUUGUAAUUUGGUAUUUCCAAAUUUUACUUUUCAGGGAAAGGCUCAUUCUUUGCAAUUACUCUUGUAACCAUGGGUCUUAUCAAUGGUGAGUACAAAAGGUGUACGAGGUACAGUUUAGCAGUUUUUUAAGUCCACAUUUCUGCCUCUUACUUCUAGGUCUCUGGCAGCCAAUUUUUCCAUUCCUGUUGUCAUUCAGCUGCUUCUUACUGUAGAUGUAGUUGUUUAGGUGUCCAUUAUCUUUCAAAUAGUCUAGCGAAGACAGAUUGAAAAAUACAACGAAAGCCUUCCUUUCACGCCCUCUUCCCAGUAUAUCUGUAGGCUGUUUUAAUAUGACGCCUGGUUAGUUAUAUCCAAAUCCAUUUGUUGUUUUGAUGAGCCAAUGCUCUGAACACCUGCUCCGAAAGACCUUCAUUAUCUUUCUGCAACACCUGCUCUGAACAUUCCUAUUCCCAUGCAAUAAAUUACUUAGUUGUAUAUUUUUUAUUCUCCCAGCAUUUUGUGCUGUGUAUCAAGGUGGAUUAUUUGGUUUAUCUGGCAUGAUGCCACCGAGGUAUACGCAGGCGUUGAUGACCGGCCAAGGCAUUGGUGGCAUUUUUGCUUGCGUCGCUGACAUUGGUUCAAAACUAGGUACAAAAACUACAUUUACUGUAGAUAUUGACCUUAGGCUGUUAAUUUCAUUGGCUCAAUAUGUACUUGAAACAGAGCAUCUGUCAAUAUGAGCAUUCAUAUUACUGAUCACCCACCCAUGUUUUCCAGGCACUUCUGAUCCCAUCCGCAGUGCGUUCUGGUAUUUCCUAACAGCCGUUGUUGUGUUGUUUGCAUGUAUUGUAUCGUAUCUUGGUCUGUAUAGGAUUGUAAGUAGCAGAACCACUUUAAUAUGUCAUCUUACAUGUGCUCUACUAAUACUGCUUGUAUUCUAAUGACCACUCGCCUUCAUUAUUUUCUACUUAGAAAUUUUCACAGCACUUUCUCGAAGAUCACAGGGAGCAAGUACAAGUUGCUGGUAAGAUUGAAAUUACUGAACUAUUAAGCAACCCACUCUUCCCUUUGUGAGUAAAAUCGUCUUGUAUAAGACAGAGUGAAAUAGGCGUUAAACAGAAUAAUAAAGGGUGCAUCUGGAUUAACGCACUGGCAUUAACACACUGGCAUGUGAGGAUGAAAUUCAGGUUAAUGUACAGUAUGGCUCAAUAUAAAUAGACGUUUAUCUGCAAAUAGCGUAUAAACUAUUAAGUCUAGUGAAAUAGUGUUACCAUCGUCUAUUCACAACCAUAAGUACAGUCAUACUUUCUUGACAAAAUGUUGUUACUUCCGACACUGUGCCGUUAGUAAAUAUUAACCAAUAUUAAUAACAACAACUAAUAAAUAAACAAGACUCAUCCUUUGACAAAAAUUUUGUUAACAACUAAUGGAAUGACAUGCAGUUAUUGCUUCCUGUUUACAUGUUGACAACUUGACAUGUUGUUACAUUGUCGACUUGUAAGCAAAUGAGGCAACUAUUAACAGUUAAUGAUUGUACUAACCACGUCAAUAAUUGUAGGUAGAACAAGUAUACAACCUGAUGGCUUUAGUGAUUCGGGUAAACCAAGUACGUUGAAUAUAACUGCUCUUUUUAGCACUCGCAUAAGAAUACCUAUGCACGGAAACUGAAAAUUAUUACGUAACGGUACCACAAUUUAUAAAAUGGGGUAAUCAAUGAUUUCAAUGGGUGAACCAAACUUUAUUUUAGAGAGCCAGAAUAUUGGUUCUGUUAGAUCAAUUUUCAUAAUCUUAGUAUCAAAAAUUAUGUCUUAUAUUGAAUUUUCGAUGCCCGCUAAUAAUCAGCUGUGAAAAAAAUCUGGAUUAUGGCUAUUGCAUUUUUUCCGGGUUUUUCCGCAAUUCACUCAGGGCUGCAGCAGCCAGCUACUUCGGCAUAGAGUGGCCGUAAUUAUCUAUUAAAUAUUCUCUCCCAGUAUUAACAGACCCAGUCGAGAAAGAUUUGGCAGAGUAUGAAGUCAAGAUUGAGAAAACAACGCCACCAUUUGCUUUUAUCAUGAAAGAGGUAAGAUGAAAUGUGACAAUAACAGCAGAAAGCUGCGGAAUUGAGAGAGCGAUUCAACUGUCUGAAAAUACAAGUAUAAAACUUCAUCAGGUUGUUGAAUUCCUCUCAACGUGAAACAAAAAUCUCGUAAUCGAUCUUCUUGUCUCUAGAUUUGGCGAACUGCUUUGGCAGUAUUCUUGGUAUUUAUGGUCACUUUAGCUGCGUUUCCCGCUGUUCUUUCUGGCAUCAAGUCUGAAAAUCAUGGCGAUGGCUCACAAUGGACAGGUGAGAAAAUUACACCACGUUUAAUACGAAGAUAAAGUAGGUAAAAGCAUUUUGCAACUAUUUCGGAAUACAUAGUUUUAACGACCGGUAUUGAAUGCUGUAUGUAUUUUUUAUUCCAUUUCAGGAAAAUAUUUUACUGCUGUGGUCUGUUUCUUGAUCUUUAACGUUGGUGAUUUUUGUGGAAGAGUGACAGCUGGUUUUGUACAAAAGGUAUAACUGGGAUCUAACAUUCAUCUUUUCACAAACUAACAUAUAUACCGUACAGUACAUCGAGACGACAAUUCAUUUCAUACAGACAAAAAAUACAGGCUGAUGAAUUGACCUUCCUAGUUUUAUGUUAAAAGUGGGACUUAUGUGUAAUAUUUGGGUCAUACCAAAAAUCAUAAUUGGGGUUAAUCGCACUUUAAAACACAUACAUGAUAAUUUUUCUUGUAACUUUUUUAGCCUGGAAAAGAUGGUUUCUGGCUUCUUGGUUGCUGCGUACUAAGAUUUGUCUUUCUUCCAUUGUUCGCAUUCUGUAACUUUCAUCCACGUAGAACGAACGGCACAGUGCUCUUUGCAGAAGAUUAUUGGCCAAUCAUAUUCAAUGUAUUAUUUUCUGUUAGUAAUGGCUAUCUGGGCAGUCUUUGUAUGAUGUAUGGACCCAAGUAAGUUCGCUAAAUUGUUCUGUAUUUAGUAACUUACUAGGCUAGUAUAAGGUAGGUCUACCCUGUUAGUUCUCGUCUGUUUUCCUUAGGGGCUGUUCACAUGGAGCAGGGCUGGCCCGGGGGAUGCGUGAGCUCAUGACGUGUUGCUUGCCUGAAUAGCUAUGGGGGUCAGGAAGCAUACUGGCACUGAAUAAAGAUCCAUACAAAAGGGCCACUUACGUCGGAAGCCUUCAAGUUUCUGUCCUCGCGCAUGUCGCAUUACGCAUAUUGGCCGCCAUUUUCCUAGCCAGUCAAUGACAUUUUCUGGCCAAUAAACACGCUGUACUGGCUGGCUGCUCCGCCUUCUGGCCAGUAAACUGCACAACGUGCCCUUGUUUUUUUACUUCUGGCCAGUAAAAAAACAAGGACACGUUGCACCGCUGAGUGGCCCUUCUGUUACACAGGAAAAAACGCCUAGCCUGUAACAAUGUUGUUGAAAACAGGCCUGAACAAUAUUUUGCUGCCCAUAUUGUUCCUGACUGUUAACAAUAUUGUUCAGCAUUGUUCAGCCGAACAACGCUGAACAAUAUUGUUAACAGCCAGGAACAACAUGGGCAGCAACAUAUUGUUCAGGCCUGUUUUCAUCAACAUUGUUACAGGCUAGGCGUUUUUUCCCGUGUACUGAUCUUUAUUCUGUGACAUUGGUCAUUUGCGCAUUUCCUGCGUUUUCAGAGCCAAAUUUUGUUUUGGCCUUAAAUCUCUGUAUGAAAUCUCUGAAUGAAUUUAUAUCUAUGUAAUUCUCAUAUAAAGCUCCAAAACUCAGUUUUGGGACUGCCCAUUCUGAGAUGUACAACUACCCAUUUUGGCAAAUGCGAGGCCUUAGGUUGAUCCCUGCCCUACUAAUGUCUUUGCAUAUCUCUAGGUUGGUAGAAAGUAAAUAUGCUGAAACAGCAGGUACGAUGAUGGCAUAUUUCUUAUCUCUUGGUCUUGGGAUCGGUGCAGCCACAUCAUUCGGUAUUACAAAGUCGAUAUAAACUUCAGCAAAUGGAGUUUUGUCUAAUGCGUCAAGACAAGCUCUCUCGUUCAUGGGCGAUAAAACAGUCGACAUGUUUGUGUGUUACGUCAUCAUUUGUGUACUCGUGUGUGGCUUGGAGACUUGUAAAUAAUAUGUCCAGGUGGACCAAUUUCUAUGCUUAGAAAACUAGAAGUUUAAAUGAACUUGCAGCAGCGUGGAUUAUAACGGUUGAUAAUCGGCUCUUUGCCGAACAAAAACACUAAAUGCCUUUAUGGUACCAGAUAUGCAGAAAAUUCUAAACCAUAUCUGUGGGACCAAGAAUUUUUCAGUUGCAUGGAUCUUUUGGACUGCUUACCAAAAAUUAAGUAAUGUAAUUGAUCAUAUGGAAAGUGAACGAGCUAUCAAAUUGAUACUCGAAAUAUUGAAAAGCUGGCCGACUAUUAUUAGCCAAUGCCCGAGCAACUGAACAGUUAGCCUUUUCCCAAAAGAGAUCACAGUGCAUUCUGGGAUCGUUUGGAGAGACAAAAUAUAUGGAGACAUGCGUCAAAUAUGUGAAAGAGUAGAAGUAUCUACUAUUAAAUAUCAACUUUUUAGACGUCCGAUAAUGAAAUAUCUCCUUUUUACAUUAAACUUUUAAUUUAAAUGUGUGCUGCCAUAUUUCUUGUCCCUCCAACAAGGGAUUCGCGCGAUUAGACCCAGGACUUUGGGAAAUGGCUAAUUAGACAUUUGUCAGACUCAAGCGGAAUUGUUAUAAUCCACACUGACUGGCAGUCAUUUAUGAAAUUGGUCUACCAAGUCAUUUGAAGGCUUGUUUACACUAUCAAAGUUUCUGUGAUCACAGUAGGAAUUCUGCAUAGAUAAAUUCUAAGUUUUGAAGGAUUUGUAACAGAUUCUUGAGGCAGCUGACUCUGUGUUCAACACUAAGUUCCUUCAAACAUUUCUUACAAAUCUUUCAAAACUUAGAGUUUACCUAUAUGCAAAAUUCCUACUGUGAUCACAGAAACGUUGCUGAUGUAAACUAAUAAUUCCUAUAUUGUUGUACUUAUUCACUGGACAUUUGCAUUAUAGACUAAAUUUUGAUCUAGACAAAAAUUUCAUCACAGCUUGAAAGAGCAUCACAAAAUUAGUAAUAUUCCAAAGUUUCGUUGCGAAAUGUUGUAAAAUGCGGAUAAUAUAGCCUUGCGAAAUUUGCAAUUUUCAGUCAUUUUGUAUUACAAACGGGAAAUUGAUGCCCCAACACCCGAUUGGGCUGUCAAUUUCCCGUGCGUAAUACUAAAUGACUGAAAAACGGCAAACUUCGCAAGGCUAUAUUAUCCGCAUUUUACAACAUUUCGCAACGCAACUUUGGAAAAUAACUAAUUUUAUGAUGCUCUUUCAAGCUGUGAUGAAAUUUUUGUCUAGAUCAAAAUUUAGUCUAUAAUGCAAAUGGUCCAUCGCCAAGCCAUAUACAUCAACACAACACAGAGUUAAAAUUUGAUAUCUGAUAUCUGAUGAAACAUUAGAGUAUUGAAUAUACUGUAGUAAAAGCCAAUACAAGAUAAAAUAAAUCAGUAAUCAGAUCAUUGACAUCGAGUUGACAAGACCCGCUUUCAACGCUAUACUACGGUUAUAGUCUAGAUAAGUCAGUUUUUGACAAGUUUUUGAAUUAUGGAGGGAUGAUUUUAAAUUAUAUAAAUUAUAAAAAAAAAUAUUAAAAAAAACAUCUAUUCUUUAUACGUUGCACAUCCACAAAAAUACGUUCUAGUUUCAUUGAAUCACAGUUUUUUAUUGUAAACAUUGAUUUAGGGAAUUAAAAUAAUUUUUUAUACUCAUUAAAUAUUGUGUUUUGUGUAUUUCCUAAAAAUAUUUACUGGAUUUAUUGGGGUUGGUUCGUGAUGCCAAAUAUAUAGAUUAUGAUCGAUUCACGUAGUGGAUAAGCCCAAAGUAACCUAUAAAGCCAGCCGCACACGAGAGGAUCUCAGCGGUUAAAUCUCGAGAGGUUAAAUCCUGACGAAAAAUAUGCCGCCACGCGAGGCGGUUAGUUCAGCAAGAUUCUCCUGUGUGGCAGGCUUAAUGCCCAAAUACACACGUAAAAAUGCACAAGUUGUUACAGGUCUGCAAACAAGUUGUGACAAAUCCGUUCCUAGGCUGCUUGUUCCCAGUUGUUGUAACAAGUUUGGAACAAGCUGUUAACAAGUUGUAACAAGCUUGAUGGCAUUAUCAGACUUGUUACAAGGUUGUUCUAACAAGUUUGAUACAGUCAUGACAUAACAAGAAUGUUACAAGGUUGACGACACAAGGUUGUAACAAUAUUGUUAUAUCAUGACUGUAUCGGACUUGUUGGAACAACCUUGCAACAAGUCUGAUAAUGCCAUCAAGCUUGUUACAAGUUGUUAACAGCUUGUUCCAAACUUGUUGACAACUUGGGACAAGCAGUGCGAACACAACUUGUUGACGGCUUGUUGGCAGACUUUCUAGUCUUUCUACAAGAUGUGAGAUUUUUGCGUGUGUAGAAUAUGCAUGGCGUUUACUAAUUCGGACAUAAUUAUCCCCCUAUACAUACAGCCUACAAAUCUACUUUCAUUUUUCUUUCCUAUUCUGCAGUCUAUUACUAUUCAUUCGUUUUAUUAUUAUUCCCGGUAUUAACGACGCAGUGGCGAUGCCAACCAGUUUUAUGACAACGUUUAUAGUUAAAAGUUCAUCUAUGGAGUUAAGUUCGCUUAACAGACAUCCAGUCUGGACACAGAUAUAGUUAUAUGGAACCAAACCU